UUGUGUUUGAAUUGAUGAUUAUUUAUUCAUUAUUAAAUAAAAUGUGAACAACAAAAUUAAGAAGCCAAUUACAAGAAAUGCUCACGAAUAUAUGAGUUACAAAAGAUAUUUUGACGUUUGUUUCCACGUGGUGACUGUCAAGAUUUUAGCUACGUGUUAAUUUUGUUCAUUAUAUUUAAUAAAGUUACUGAUCUCGAUCGCAUUUUGCUCGCGGAAUGGAGUCCUUGAACAUGUCUAAAUUAAAUUUGUCCAGCGUAAGGAGCCACGCAACAAGCGACAACUGUCCUAAACCAGAUGUUUCGGAAGUCAAGUACGAAUCAAAUACUCUCCUGGACCCAGAUGAUGAAUUUCACUGUGAAUACAGAGAUGACAUUUGGAAGAAUCUAUUAGAACAAGAUGCACAGAAACCUGUUAUACACCUGCAAUCACCACAGCUCGAAUUCAGAGGCGCCCUCGUGCAACAGCUACGUGAUGUAUCGAAGAAGCUAGGUCUCUCAUUAGCGACACUGCACUCUGCGGUAGCACAAUUGGACCUAUUCAUGGACGCACACAGACUCAGAGCGGACAGACUCACACAUGUGGCGCUCGCUUGCUUGUCUCUUGCAGCAAAGAGCGAAGAGAAGCUCAGCAGAGCGCCGACCCUGAAAACGUUGGCCAAGAUAAGCGGCGUACAGCUGUGCGGCAAGACGUUCCGGCAGUUGGAGUGGAUGGUCGGACAGCACGUCCGCUGGCGGCUGUUAGCGCCCACGCCCGUGACUUUCGCGGCCCUGCUGGCGCAGUACGUGGUCACCGACGCGGAUCUGACCACGCGGCACCCGAAGUUUGUGAGGCGCUUCAGGCGGGAUGGGGCCAAGUUGCUGGAGGCGUAUCUGGAUCUGACGCUGUCCGACGUGCGUCUCAAAGUGGUUGAGAGCGUGGAGGUGGGGUGCGCGUGCGUGUCGUGCGCGCGCGCAGAGCUCGGGCUGUGCGCGUGGCCGCGCUGGCUGGCGGACCUCACCGGCCGCCGGAACGACACCGUCGCGCCCGUCGCCAGGCUGCUGCACAGGAUGAUGCAGAUAAAAUCUCGAGACACGACCGAAUGCGAAGUGGACCAAGGAUACAGUAGCGCGAGGACCACGCCCAAUAUCACCCCCUCCACUUCCCCCCAGUACCAAACAUCACCCCCUACAACUUGCACCAACUACCUCGACUACAGACAACCAAUCAACACGGAGUAUUUAAUCCCAGAGACAAACCUGAAUUACUAUAGGAUCUCGCAACAAACAGACCACAGACUAUGUAGGGCUAGUCGACUGAUAGAAGCGAGUAUAGAACCAUCUACCAGUAUGGCUGUGAAACGGAAUAUAGAUUCGAAUGAAUUAGAGUUAGAUAGAAAGAGAUACAGGGUGUCUCUGUCUCAGGCGGUUCAAUGAUAGCGUCUAGUCGGUGUGGCUGGUUCUGGAACGUUCGAAAAGCGAGCGAUGCGCGCGUUCUGAAUCGAAUAUUCUAGAAUGAAAUUCGAAUUUUCGAAUCGAAAAUUGAAAGUUUGAGUUUCAAAUUUCGAAUGUAGGCAUUGCUUUCGAUUAAUAGGCGGUAUACAAUAUAAUGUUAUUAUGAAGUAUGCGCUGCGAUAUCAUUUUAAUUGAUUAUGAUUGAACACAUUGCGUUGCUAAGCGUUUUUAAGAUCUAUGUCGGAAUUGUAAUGGUAGAAUGCGUUUUAUUUUGCAUGUAAUUUAUUUGAACAAUAUAUCGCAAUUAAGAAGCGUUGUACUCAAUAUUAAAAGGUAAAGAAUAUAGCAAUAAGUUUGUUCAUAUUGUAAAGUGCCUCGUUUGAACUCAAGCCAGUCACACCUGUUUAGCAAAUUCAGUACAUAUUUACAUGCACAUAGAGUUCCUAGUUGCAAUUUUAGUAUCAUUCCAAGAGACGUACCAGUGUUUUUUAGAUAUGUACUGAAUUUUUUGCAUUUAUUAAUUCAUUUGUAUGAUGGUAGUAUUCAAUGAGAAACGCCUUCAGGCGGAAAUGGGCGAAUGGUUCAAUAAUAACGCUAUGUAACUAUUUAAUUAUAUAAUAUAUAUACCUAUUACUACUUCAUUCACGCAACUUUUCUUUAUUUAAUUUAAAAUAUAGCAAAAAUCUAGUUGAAUCAUAUUCCACUAUUUUUAGGUAUACAAACAAUUUUGUCGAGCUAAUAUAUCUCGUAUUUUUUAGCUCAUAAGCUUCAUUCAGUGUGUUCAGGAGUGAAGUCACUGUGAAAUCACAUGCCUAAAUUCGCUGUGAAAAAUCACAGUGACAAAUCACAACUGAUAUUUAACCGUUCGCCCUUAGAUUAAUGCUAUGCCAAUUGCGAAGUCUGAGCCCCAUAUUAUAUGGAGUUAGAUAACUGACUCUGGACUAUUUAUAUCGUAUUUUAUUAACUUAUUGCACCUAUUUACUUAAUUUAUGGCUUGAAUUUCAUGUAAAAAAAUCCUAUGUGACAUAUUUUAAAGAGUAAUUCUUUUUUUAAAGUCAACUGAAUAAAAGUAAAUGAUUUCUAAACUAAUGAUUAACGAAUAUCUGGAACACCUCACAGUUAUGCAUAUAUCAUUAACAUAAAAAUAAAGUGAAUCAUAGUAUCGCGAUCUUCGUCUAGAGUUUAGUUUGUUUUUAACAUAAACAUAAUCCACAGCAAUGCUGUUAAAAGACUUCGUACGGCAUCAAAAAACCUAAGUACGUUUUAUACAAAAUAUUUAAAAUUAGGUAGGUAGUAACAAAUUAACCAAUUGAGUUCACAACUCGCGUAUUAUAAUAUGACAGUGUUGCCAACAUAGUGCGCCAAAGAAAAAAAAAAAUAGAGAUGCUUAAAAAUUAGUUAAAUUACAUAUAGUUCAAAGUUUAUAAAACCUGAAAGUUAUUAAAAAAAACAGGAUAUGAGUAAGUGCAUUAUUUUUUAGAACCUGUUAUAAAUAGUUGGCAACACUGUAUUUGUCGAAUUUAUCUUUUGCCGGGGAACUUAAAAAGUUUAACUUUUGACAAGUUGUGGACUUGAUAUUAUUAACACACGGACGGACAUUGUGUAGUUUUUUAUUAACAGGUUAGAAUUAAUAUAACGCAGUAUAGAAUUUGCCAAAUGGACAAAUUUAUGAGAUGUCAGUUCGUGUGUUGUCUUUGUAUGGACUAAUUGCUGCUAUAAUAAUUAUUUUUUUCAGUGGAUAAAGUCAAUACGUAAAUAGUUUUAAAAUGUAGUUAUUGUAACUUCUUGUCUUUUGUUUUUUGUUUGCCGUCUCUAUCCACUUUUACCUUUAAUUUAUUUAUUGUAUGAAUAUCAAUUGUAGAGUGUUAUUAGUUCAUACAGGGAACACGCUAUGAUUGCCAAAGCUGUUUGACGAUCAUUCGCUUAAAUAUAGGUAAAUUCUCGUUCAUAAUAUUAAGGUGAAUAUUAUCACGCAUUAAUUUAAAACGUCAGUUUUAUAUAUUCUGAUUAUUAAAUAAUUUAGGCUAGCUUCCAUCUUGUAACAGCGCCCGUUUGACUCCUUUUUUUCGAAGUAUCAGAUCCAAUUAAUGUUUACAUAAAAAUUUAAAUUUAGAACACAUUGAAAUGAAAUAAAAAUGCUCCUAUUUAAGUUUAAAAGCGCGCGCUGUUGUAUUCUUUAGCCGUUAUGUCACAGAUUGUAAAACAUCACCUUAAUGUUAAAUGCUAGAAUAAUUUUCGUUUUUUUUUUCGUUUAGUUUUAAUUUUAGAACAAUGUUUUUUAUUGUUUUCAUUAAGUUAUUACGAUUGGAGCCAUCAGAUAUUCGAUCCCGAAAGUAGAGAAUGUUUUGUAGAAUAAAAUAUGUCUCAUAAUUUAUACUUUACGAAAUGGCAGCUUCUCAUGAAGAUUACAAAAUAAACGAACAAGGAUAAAUUAGAACGCUUAUCAGAUUCCUUUAAAUCAUUCGAAGAAUUGCUUUACGCAUCUUAUUUGCUUACCUAUCACUUAACAAUUCGAAAAAAAAAUUGUUUUCUAAUCAUACAGAGAUUUUAGAAGUUGCCAAUGUUUUAAAAUUGUUUCUAUGUAAUCUGUUAUCGUAAUAUCUUAGACUUAACUUUAAAAUUUAUAUAAAUUGCGCAGAAUGGUUGUGAACAGAGUUCGUUUAUUUUUGAUGUUAAAAUCCGAUUAUCGUGUGAUAUUGGAUUAUUUUUGUGCAUUUUAAUUUUCUAUUUUAUACAGUUUUUUUUUCUUUCUUUUUUGCGAUUUAUUUGCUCACUCGAUGAUAUGUAAAUAAUUGAGAUAUCAUACGACUCGUGUAUGUCUGAUUAGUAAAAAAAAAAAAUACUUUGCUUGCAAGGUUUGUAAAUUUCGAAGAAAUAUUAUGUAGCGAAGUGGGGGUUAUUACGGGCAUUACAGAAAAUUAGAAAUUUCCCUAUUUAUUGUUUAAUAAAAAAAGAAAUUUCAGUUGUACGUGAAUAGUUAGUGUUUUACGUAAUUUCUCAUAAAAUGUUCAUAGUACUUUUAGAUUUUUUACUUGUGGCAUUUUAAUUUUUAAUACUUAGAAAAAAAUAUUGUUCGAUUUUUUUCUCAUUUCUUGUUGUCAUUGAUUAUGUUGUAGAAAGUUUAAUUUUGAAAGUUACCAUUGUUUCGAGAAUUUCGUAAUAAAAUGUUUUCAUCUUAAAACCGUAAAUACAUAAAUUAAAUUAUUAUAGUAUAAUUGUUACUCUACGCUUUUGUAAUUUAAAAAAAUUUGAUACGAUUUCAAAUCUUUAGUGAAUUGAAAUUUCCAAACGACCAAAAAAACGUUAGUUACACAAAUCGUAUCAAAUUUUCUCGAUCUUCGACUUGCAUCUUCUGUACUUAAUGCCAUCUUUUAAAAUAAAAAUGUAUGCAGGGUUGCCACAUGUCAUUUAUUUUAUACUAAUUUUAUGAUUUGAUAUGGUAACCCUGUUACACUGUGUUAUGGUUGGAGAGAUGCUACGUUAGAGCAAUGAUAUAAUAAUAUAUCGCUUAAAGACUGAUGUGAUGGUACUACGUGUUAAAUGAUUGAUGAUUGUAAUAGGACACCAUAGUUUUGUACUCAACGAAUAAAAUUUAAAGAUGCAACUUGAAAUAAAAGUAUUUACUCUU